CCAGUGUCCCCACGCCCCCUGGACAGGCCUAUAAGUCUCCAAAGGCUGUGCUGAGUGAGGGACUCCAGCGCUGUGCACCUGCAGGCUCUGCCAGCCCUCGCUCUCCAUCAGCCUCCUCCUGAGCUGCUGCAAGGGAUGGUGCCACCCUGUGUCUCACGGAGCCUCGUGCUGCUGGCAGGCCUGUGCUGCCUGGCGUCGUGGCCCCAAGCUGAAUGCCGCCAGAAGAAGAGGAACAGCUCCAGGUCCAAUGACGAACUCCAGGCCCACCUCACCUGCCAUCGGCUGUCUAGCAUCAUCACCAACCUGGCCUUCGCCAUGUACGCGGAGCCGGCCCGUUGGUCAAACUCCAGCAACGUCCUGUUCUCCCCAGUGAGCAUCGCGGCCGCCCUGGCCAUGCUCUCCCUGGGCACCCAGGGUGACACACAGAGCCAAAUCCGGGCGGCCAUGAAGUUCAGCCUCAAGGAGACCACUGGGACGCAGGUCCACCGGUGUUUUCAGCAGCUCCUCGGCAGGCUGCUGCAGCAGGGCAAAGCGAGGCUGCAGGUGCUCACGGGGAGCAGCCUGUUCAUGGCCAAGGGCGUGAAGCCAGUGGCUACAUUUUUGACAGGAAUCAAGAACUGGUACCACUCCAAAGCCACUGCCAUUGAUUUCCAGGACACCAAAGAGGCCAGGAAACGCAUCAGGGAACAAAUAGAACAAGACACGAAAAAGAAAACACUGGAUGUGGCCCAAGAGUUUGAUAAAUCCACGAGGCUCAUCCUGGUGAAUUACUUUUCCUUGCAAGGCAAAUGGUUCCAGGACGGGCAGGAAGCCCUCCCAGUGCAGGAGGACUUCUAUGUGGAAGAAAAAAAAGCCGUUCUGGUGCCCAUGUUGAGCCGUGUGGGCACGUUUUACCUCCAACGAGACAAGUUCCUGUCCAGCUGGGUGCUGGUGCAGCCCGGGGGGCAGGGGGACACUGCUGUGUUCAUCCUGCCUGACCCCCGAAAGAUGAGGCACCUGGAGAAAGGGCUGACCCACGAGCACUUUGAGGACCUCCCGAGGCAUGUUGGAGCCAGGCCUGCUAGAGUGUACUUCCCCAAACUCUCCAUUUCUGGAACCUACAACCUGAAACCCAUCAUGGGCAAACUGGGCAUCACCAAAGUCUUCAGCAAUGAGGCUGACUUCUCAGGGAUAACGAAGGCCCCCCUGAAGCUCUCCCAGGCUGUGCACAGGGCAGUGCUGACCAUGGAUGAGCGAUUCAAAAAUGUCACCAAAGCCAGUGCCCAGAGCAGCAAGUCCAAUCUCACUGUCAAGUUCAACCGGCCCUUUCUAUUCAUCCUCAAGAAUACCAACAUGCACUUUCCCCUCCUGAUGGGAAAAGUGGUGAAUCCCACCCAACCCUGACCCCCUCAGUCUCAGCCUUGAGCCCAGACCCAACACCCCUACACAUACACUCCCCCAGCACAUUAAAACUCUGAGCCGCCCUGCCCGGGUGCACCUGCAAAGCCCCUCCCAGGUCCCUGCGUGCCCGGAACCUGUGAGGACUCCACCAUCUUGGGACUGUCAGCGGCCACAUCUAUGAGGGCCUUGCCUCACACAGAGCCCCACGGGUGGGGAUGAGUGUGGUAG